AACAUUAAACAAAUCCAGUUAGUUAUUCUUCUUCUUCCAGUACUAGUUGCAGAGUAAAAUGAGAGUUUUUCGAGGUCUGAUCAAUGUUAGUUAGUACUCCUAUCAGACUAGUACCGUACUGAGUAGAGAGACCCAUGAAGUGCGGCGCAAAUGGGUUCCGAUUGUUGCAAUCUCAAGGCCUCAAUCAAUUAAUGCUACCACAUAUCAUUAACUGCAUUGCUCUCUACUACAUUUUGUAUUUAUAGAUCAUCUCGAACCCCUUAAUUCACAUCAACACAAUCACACUUCUCUCUGUUUCUCAUUGUUUCUAUCUCUUCUUCUUCAUCGGUAGGAAGAAGAUUACUCAAGAAAUUAGUGUGUGAAGGAGAGAUAUUUUUACACUUUCUGAACAUAUAGCUACACAAUGAGAGGGGCAACAAUGAUGCUGCAGUUACUAGUAGGAGUAUUAGCAUGUUUAGGCGCCGUCAUGGUAGUUGAAGCAGAGGACCCAUACAGAUAUUUCACUUGGGUUGUUACCUAUGGUACCAUUGCACCUCUUGGCAAACCUCAACAGGGUAUUCUCAUCAACGGACAGUUCCCUGGUCCAAGACUUGACUGUGUCACUAAUGAUAAUGUCAUCAUUAAUGUCAUUAACAAGAUCGAUCAACCUUUCCUUCUUACAUGGAAUGGAAUCAAGAACAGGAAGACCAUCUGGCAAGAUGGAGUAUCUGGAACCAAUUGUCCAAUCCCUCCCGGCCGUAACUUUACAUACCAUCUUCAAGUUAAAGAUCAAAUUGGAACAUUCAUGUAUUUCCCUUCACUACAAAUGCAGAAAGCUUCUGGAGGUUUCGGAGGAAUCAAUAUGUAUACUCGCCCAAAGAUUCCUCUUCCAUUUGCUGAACCAUCCGGUGAUUUCCACUUGCUCCUUGGUGACUGGUACAAGGCCGGGCACAAGGCAUUACAGAGGACUUUGGAUACAGGCAAAAAACUUGCAUUUCCAGAUGGUAUAUUGAUUAACGGAAAGCAAAAGGGACUUAAGUUCAGGGGAGAUCCAGGGAAAACAUAUAUGUUCAGGUUAUCAAAUGUUGGUUUGUCAUUAUCAAUCAACUUUAGGAUUCAAGGUCAUAAAAUGAGGUUGGUCGAAAUGGAAGGAUCUCAUACAGUUCAAGAAUCUUAUGAUUCUCUCGAUAUCCAUGUCGGUCAAUCACUUGCAGUUCUUGUCACGUUCAACAAAAAAGCUAAAGAUUACUUCAUCGUUGCUUCAUCGAGAUUUACCGUCCCUAUUCUGACUUCCACUGCAUACCUUAAAUACACUAACUCGAAGAUUAAAGCUUCGAUGCCUCUGCCAAUCGGUCCUACUACCCAUGUUCACUGGUCUUUGAAACAAGCUCGAUCUUUCAGAUGGAAUUUGACUGCUAGUGCAGCGAGACCCAACCCACAAGGGGCAUACCAUUAUGGUAGCGUUAAGCCAACAAGGAUACUUAAGAUAUCGAACUCAGAGGUUAAAAUUAGGGGCAAAACACGAUAUGCUAUUAACGGAAUGUCAUUCGUAAACCCUGACACUCCAUUGAAGUUGGCUGAUUAUUUCAACAUUCCUGGAGUUUUCGACUUGAAAACUUUCAAGAAUAAAACUGCUGGUGGUCCUGCUAAAUUGGGAACUCCUGUAGUUGGACUUUGGCUACAUGACUUCGUUGAAAUUAUCUUCAACAACGUUGAAGAUACCAUUCAAUCUUGGCAUCUUUCUGGUACCGAUGGCUGGGUCGUCGGGUAUGGACCUAAUAAGUGGGCAGCAUCACAAAGGAGAUACUACAAUUUGGUGGAUGCUGCAACUAGAUACACAGUCCAGGUAUUCCCAAAAUCAUGGACCGCAAUGCUAGUGCCAUUUGACAACAAAGGAAUGUGGAAUUUGAGGUCAGCAAUUUGGCCAAGAAGGUAUUUAGGACAGGAAUUAUAUAUUAGAGUAUGGAACGAAGAGCAGAGUCUGUUCACCGAAAACGCCAUUCCUAGAAACGUACUUCUUUGCGGUAAGGCUAGGGGUAAGCGCAUAUAGGUGCAUGCAGUACUACUACGACUACCUGUGAUACUAUUAUCCAUAGUUAGCUAGUAACCGCUACUAGUUACUGUUAUUGUUACUCAUUGCUAGUAAUCUCUACUAGUUACCCUUAUUGUGUUAGGUAUAAUGAUCCAACACCGCAAAUUAUGAAAGCGGUUGAACGUAUCUCUUGUUGUUGUUGUUUUCUUUUUAUUUUUUCUUUGUCAAGUGUAAUUUUUGUAACUUAUUUUUGGUGGUCACGAUAGUGUGACCUGCUAAAAAAUGAAGUGAAGUAGAAAUAGAAGAAGAAACUGAAGAUUAAUGUAGAAGAGGAGAAGAAUAGAAGCUUGAGAAGUGGUUUUUGUAUCACUCUGCUGUUUCCAUUUCCAUCUCAUAUUAAUCAAAUAAAUCAGUCUUUUUAUUUUCCAA